AUGCAAGUACACUAUAGGGAACAAUAUAUCAAUCGCAAUGUCAGACAGAACUCUGCUGUUGCUGGACCCAAUCCGGUUCAGAAAGAAGGAGGGUUGGAGACCGUGGCGAAGUUUCCGUAUAGCUUCGCCAUCUGCAACUCAUGAUCGCCAAACAUUGGAAAACGUAAACCAAUCAGCAACGUCACCGACGUUUUGUUGUCGAAAAUUGGCGAGGCGAUUGGUCGCCGCAACGUCAUCGGCAGCGGACGCAGAUCGAUACGGCGGCAAUCGAGUGGCGUUCGUUGGCGUUGGAGGUCGCCCACUGUCGGGCCACCGUUGACCGUCGCCUGCGUCUGGUUCGUCAGUCACCUUGCAGACUUCCGACGCCGCGAACCUGUCUCGCUUCCGUCCACUUCUGGUCGCCGUCUCUGUCACUUUCACAUACUGCCUCGUCAUCGCGUACCUGGAACUUUCACACACGCGCAGAUGGACGAUCCCGGUACGUCUCCGGUUCCAUAUCAGGACGAGAUCUGCGAGAAGCUCAUCCAACUGUCGUUCUCGAAGAUCGUCAAUAGCAAGAGCGAGCGCGGCGGCGCUAGGCUGCGCAAGAACUUGCUCAUCAUUCACGUGUUGCAGAAGGCCCGCUUCGAACAGCAGUACAGGUACUUAAACACGUGUACGGAAAUUAACAGCAUGUCUAGUUCAUCGGUGUUUUCCGCGCAGCAGCAGUGUCCCAUCAUCGCGUACGCUGGCCAGUCUGACUGGAACGAUUCGAACGAUGGUUUUGAUUUGUCGGAUGAAUGUGAGGCUUGCCCUACAGAAAGCAGCCUCCACCCGAAGUUGGAAUUUUCAUCGACGUCGUCGAUUUCUCUAUCGCCAUCGCUGUUCUCUCCACCGACCUUCGGACGGCGCCUAGGAAACGAACUUUGCGUUCCUCUCGUGACGAUGGACCAAUCGCGAGGCCACGACAAUUCAUACUCACCUUCAUCGUGCGCUCUUGACCACGCACAGAACCGGGAACUCGAGUCGACUCAAAAUAUCUGUACUCUGCCCUCGCAGCAACCGUGCGCCGUUGUCGAACAUCGUUCGGCGGUAGUAUGCUCAUCAAAUAUUGCUUUAAUGUCGAACAAGAGGAAAUUAGAAGAGAGCACCACCGAAGAUACUUUGUGCAACAAGAAAAACUGUACUGAAUCCGAAACGCCAUCUUCCGCCUUUGCCUGUGAUCUCGGUGGCGGCUCGGAUAAAAAUAAACAGUUUAGCGGUCUGAUUUCCGCGUUUACAGCCGGAUUAAGUAGCGUUAAUGACACUCAGAUAAACGAAUCGACCAAUGAAGAUGCAUUAAAGCGUAACAUGUCUUGUCCCGGUUUCUUAGAGCUGGCGUGCGAGUCAUAA